AUGCAAUUUUGCAAAUACUCAGUCUCUUUGAUUACAGAAGAAAGCAAUUUUUCACCAAAAGCCAGCACCAGUAAGCUGCCGACAGAUGCAUCUCCCGACUCCAAAUGCCCCAUCUGCCUGGAUAGAUUUGACAACGUUGCAUAUCUAGAUCGCUGCUUGCACAGGUUCUGCUUCCGCUGUGUGCAGGAAUGGUCAAAAAACAAAGCAGAAUGCCCACUCUGCAAGCAACCCUUUUUUUCCAUUUUCCAUACGAUUCGUGCUGAAGAUGACUUCAAGGAGUACGUGCUCAGCCCUUUAGAAACCAGCUCCUUUGCCAGCCCUGAUGGCCGGAGGUUUCGUUAUCGCACUACCUUAACGCGGGAGCGCCGCGCGCGCAGUUCCCCUUCCCGGCGGAUGCUGUCCCCUCCAGAUAACGGGAUGCUGUUUGAAGGGUUGUCGAGUGAGCCGACGCGCCGGAGACACAGAGAGAUUCAGCAGAUGAUCAGGAGGCUGGCCUCAAGGAGAAAGGCCAGCGCAGAGGGCAGAUCUCUGCGACAGAUCCAGGAGGAGGACAUGAUCAGCUUCCGCAGGGCUCUGUACCGCACUGGCGUGCGCAUCCGCAGCAUUCAGGACGGUGGCCGCUAUCGAGAGAUUUCGGCAGAGUUCUUCCGCCGCAACCCUGCUUGCCUGCACCGCUUGGUUCCUUGGCUGAAGAGAGAACUUACAGUCCUGUUUGGUGCCCACGGAUCUCUGAUCAAUAUUGUGCAGCACAUAAUCAUGAGUAAUGUAACUAGGUACGAUCUGGAAAGCCAGGCCUUUGCUGAUGAUUUAAAGCCAUUUUUGCUGAAUCGGACAGAACACUUCCUGCAUGAAUUCAUCAGUUUUGCUCGUUGUCCUUUUAACUUAGAAGCAUAUGACCAGCAUGCCAAUUAUGACUGUCCUGCACCAUCAUACGAGGAAGGAAGCCACUCAGACUCCUCGAUUAUUACAAUAUCUCCAGAUGUGGUGUACCCACAAGGGCCAGAUAAUAGUCUGUCUGUACCUGGUCUUGGCCAGGCCCCCUGGGAUGAUGAAACUCCAGGGCCUUCCUAUUCCAUUUCAGAAGAGGUUCGUGCAACCAUAGCUUCUCCUCUGGAGUCCUCAGAAAGUUCUGAUGAGGACUCUGCUUCAGGGAGUCGGAGAACCAAACUGCAAACUGGCUUACAGGCUAAUGCUGACUCAAACGACAGUGGCUCUUCCUCCGACAAUUGUGUCAUUGUUGGGUAUGUUAAGCCAUUAGCUGAGAGAACCCCAGAAGUGGUUGAGCUGUCCUCUGACUCUGAGGAGUCCAUCAAGGAAGAGAAAAGGGAAGAUGUCAAGAAACAGCUACCAGUCCAGUGUCACAGCUGGAGUGACAGUGAACCAAGCAGGAGCUUCUCACCUCAUUCCCCACCAUACAGGAAAGAUGUAGGAAGUUGCAGAAGAUAGAUACAGUGAAACUAA